UAAUUAAUACAAAAAAAAGAAUUGAAAAUGUCAUUUUCAUACUAACUUUGACUUCGAUAUAAAUACCCCGCUCAAAACCCUCAAUUUAGAAGGAAUUGAAUUGAAGAAAGUAAAGGCGGGAAAAGAAGAUUCCGCGAGUGCGAGGCCGAAAAUGGAGGAUUCUAGAGAGUCUCCAGUGAAUUGGCGAAAGCAAGUGAACGAGAAUCUGAAACGGCUCCACUCGCUCCAAUUCGGCGUCGAUUUAGCUCUCGAGAGGCGCGACUUUUCGGCGGCUCAUAUCUUGGGACUUCGUCUUCUCGGCUUCAUCGACUCGCAUUCUCUCACCGACGUUGAUGAGGCGCUCACUCGACCUAUCCGCCGCGAUGCCGUUACCAAGCUCGACUCAGCUCGCCAAUCACUCAUUCCUGAUUCUGAUCGGCGAGCAUUUGAACAGGCAGGUAGGGCUCCCGGUUGUGUUUUUAGCAGGAAAGGAGAUAUUGACAUUGAGAGGGUUAAGCAGUCAAAGUACUUGCGUGGUCUUCUUCAGCAAUAUGAUAUAAGGCCUUUAAGUGGAAUGGGAGACCAACUGGAUAUAAAGAAAAAGUCGAGCUGCAAGAUGUCGAAGGUUAUAACACAGGCAAGGCUGACAUCCUUGUAUGGGAGCAACUUCACAAAGGGAAAUCCUGGUUCACAUAAAAGUUCUUUGACUUCCAAGGAUAAUAUUUCUGAUGACUGCACAAUUGUAGAAAGCAUUCAUUCAUAUCACACCCAUUCUAAAAACCAUGGUCUAUCCACUUAUAUGAAAAAUGAAGAAGAAGAAAGAGGAUUUGGAAGUACUUUGGGAUCAAAACGUUCACAUGAGGAAAUCCGCAGCCCCAAAAGUGACAUUGCAAAGUCACCGACAAACAAUGAAGAAGCUAAUACAGAUGUUUCUGGCAAUGGAUUUGUAACUGCACGAGCUAAACUGGAAAUGGAUGCAAGGCAAAAACGAGGGUUGAUGGGAUCACCUAGUGCAUCUGUCUCCCCACAAGGUGAUAGCUCGAACAGGAAUUAUGGGGCGAGAUCAUACGGUUUUUCACGGCGUGGUAUUCGUGGUAACUUUGUUCCUCCUAUAAAAUCCAAUGGAGGCAGCACCGCAAAUAUGACUGCACGAGUUGGAGGAAAGGGUGAUGAUGCAUUAGAUGACUCGACAAGGAGGUGUUUGGAGAUGCUAUGUGGUCCUGAUGGUGAGCUUCCCGAAAAAUUGAGGAAUUUGGAGCCUCGCCUUCUUGAGCAUGUUAGUAACGAAAUUAUGGAUCGGGAUCCUAAUGUCCGGUGGGAUGAUAUUGCUGGUUUGGAGCAUGCUAAAAAAUGUGUGACUGAGAUGGUCAUAUGGCCUUUAUUACGUCCUGACAUAUUUAAAGGUUGUCGUUCACCAGGGAGAGGUCUUCUUCUUUUUGGUCCACCGGGAACAGGGAAAACAAUGAUAGGGAAAGCUAUUGCUGGAGAAGCCAAAGCAACCUUUUUCUAUAUCUCUGCGAGCUCAUUAACAAGCAAGUGGAUUGGCGAAGGUGAAAAGUUAGUCAGGGCCCUGUUUGGUGUUGCCAGUUGUCGUCAGCCGGCUGUGAUUUUUGUUGAUGAAAUAGAUUCACUGCUGUCUCAGCGGAAGUCAGAAGGUGAACACGAAUCAAGUAGGAGACUCAAAACACAGUUCCUCAUUGAAAUGGAAGGCUUUGAUAGUGGCAGUGAGCAAAUUCUACUUAUAGGAGCAACUAAUCGACCACAAGAACUCGAUGAAGCAGCACGGAGGAGACUUACCAAAAGACUCUAUAUCCCUUUGCCUUCAUCAGAAGCAAGAGCCUGGAUUGUACGUAAUCUUCUGGAAAAGGAUGGUCUACUUGAGCUGUCAAAUUUCGAAAUUGAUAGCAUAUGCAAACUGACUGAAGGAUAUUCAGGAUCAGACAUGAAAAACUUAGUGAAGGACGCAUCUAUGGGCCCACUGAGAGAAGCUCUUAAACAAGGUAUAGAAAUUACAAAACUGAGAAAGGAAGAUAUGAGACCAGUUACCGUUCAGGACUUUGAGAUGGCUUUGCAAGAAGUGAGGCCUUCUGUUUCUUUGAGCGAACUAGGUAUAUAUGAUGAAUGGAAUAAACAAUUUGGAAGCUUAUCACUCUAGUAUGGUCUAAUCACUAUAGGGAAAUAAAAGGAAGAGAAGUUACGUCUUGAUCCCUGCGGCAAUUUUUCCAAAUAUCUUUAGGAUAUCUAACAUUCUACAGCACUGAUUUUCUCCAUUUCUGCAAAGAGAUCUGACUGCAAGAGCAACUGCAAAAAAGCGGGAUGGCAAUUUGUAUCUAUUUGUGGGUUCCCACUCGAAUUCUGUUCAGUCAAAUCGGGUGAUAAUACUGGUAAAGAUUGUGCGAGUAAACGUUGCACAAGUUGGAUGGGUACGAGGAGUACAAUACUAUAUACCCAUACUCGAAUUCAUUUUCUAUCUGAAAUAUCUUCUCUUUCAAGGCAGAUAUACAAUAUUAGAAAUUUUCUAAUUAGAUUUAUUAAUUUUGAUUA